AUGGUCAUCGCCUCCAGUUGCUGCCAUUCGUCGUCUCCCGUCACUCGCUUUGGCUGCCAGAUCUGUAGCUGCCGUCGUUGCCUUCGUCCUCAGCUACUUCCUUCCCUGGCUUCAGAUCUAUCGCCAACCGUUAUAGCCGCAACUGCCAUCGCCGCCAGCCGCGACCAUUGCUUUAGCCGCAGCCUUUGCCAGUCGCCGCAGCCAUGGCCAUCUCCUACAGCUGCUGCAGCAGCAGCCCGCGCUGUUCUUGGGAAAAAAUUAUCUGGUGCCUCGAGAGAGGAGUCGUUUGAUGCCCCUGAAGAGGAGCCAUUUGGCGCCUCAAGAAAGGAGUCGUUUGGUGUUCCGAGGGAGGAGUUGUUUGGUGCUCCAAGGCAAGAGUCGCCUAGUGCCUCAAAGGAAAAGCCGUAUGACGCUCCAAGAGAUGAGUCGUCUGAUGCCCCAAGGGGGGAGCCAUCUGGUGCUCUAAGGGAGAAGCCAUCUGGUGCCCCAAGAAAUGAGUUGACUGGCACCCUGAGGGAUGCGCUAUCUCGUGCCCUAAGGGAGAAGUCGUCUGGUGCUCUAGGGAAUGAGCCAUUUGACGUCCUGGGGGAAGAGUCGUCUGGUGUCCCAAGCGAGGAGCCGUCUGACGCCCUUGGGAAAGAGUUGUUUAACGCCCUUGUGGCUCCGGUGAUUGCACCUCAAUUUCGUCUUGUCUUUGCUGUUAAUUAG